AGCCGCCUAGGCCAAAGCCACGAUUGACCUGGCAGACCAUCCUGCGCACUGCAAAUACUUGUUUGAUUCGGACCCACAACACUUUCCGGCAUAACUUAGUCAGCGAUGGGUGCUCCAUGCACGGCCAUCGUAUUUCUCCUGGGUCUCACAUGCUUCGGGCGCGCCAUGACUUUGGGCGUGCACAGCCAGAAGCACAAACACGUCGACAAGCACCGACGUAAACACAAGCACAAGUAUGGCGACCCAGAGGAGGAAUCAUCGGGCCCCAUCGUGAACCUCUCCCCGGAGCAGCGCCAGCAGAAGCACCAGGAGGAGUUCGAAAAGGAGUUCGAGAUAAAAAUCGGCAUGCUCCAUGCGCACAACACUGGCCUCAGACUGGGCGUAGUGCUCGACUCGCUCAACGACUGGGAGCCCCCAGAAGUAAUUUCGUUUCGUAAGCCGAGCCUGAUUGAGGAAUGGAAUAAGGCUAACCCGGACAAGGCCGUCCAUCUUCACGACAGGAUCGUGAGAGUCAACAACAUAUUGUUUCACCAUAACGCGGAGAAUUUCAUCGAGCGCAUCGUGGGGCAAUUCCAGGCGGGUCGCAAGCUGACGGACGGGGCGAAAGACGUGUUGACAUUACAGGUUCAGCGGCCGAGGACUAAUGACGUCGAUGUCACUCGUUUUGAUUUUCAGCGCAAGGACCUUCACGAUAAGCUGUACGCCAAGGAGUUCACAGUCUACCCGACCGUGCCCGAGAACGAGACGUCGCCCGUAAACAUGGACAGGGUGCUGGGGUGGGAUCUGAACCUCACGACUGAUUGGGAGCCAGCGACGAUCGGCAAGAUCGCGAACGGAAGCGUGCUCGCGCAGUGGAACGGUGCCCACCCGAGCGACAUGAUACUGCAAGGUGACGAGAUCCUUCACGUGAACAAACGGCACUGGCUCCGCAACACCUCGCAAUUCCUGCCUCACCUCGCCUACAACUACCAGCACCGCGCAGAGCGCAACGGGACCUUUGCGCUCGGUCUGCGGAGGCCCCGGUGGGUCCAGGAUGUUUACGACCAGGCCCGGGAGCUCGAUGAGCAGAAGAACCAUUUGGCCAAGGAGCGCGAGGAUCUCUACAAGAAGACGUACUGCAGGGAGUUCACGGUUUGCUUGAUUGUGCCCGUGAACGAGACGUCGUCGGCAACAAUGGGCAGCGUUCUGGGCUGGAAGCUGGAUUCCACGAAGGACUGGGAGCCCGUCUCGAUCGGCAAGAUCGCGAAGGGUGGGGUUCUCUCGCAUUGGAACGAGGCCAACCCAGGCGAUAUGAUUCUGGAGGGAGACCAGAUCCUCCAUGUAAACAAGAGGCACUGGCUGCACAACACAACUCUCUUCCUGUCCCACAUCAGUUUCAACUAUGAACACCGCGCCGCGCUGGUGGGCAACGGGACGUUUACGCUCGGUCUGCGCAGGCCCCGGUGGGUCCAGGACGCCUAUGACCAGGCCCAGCUGGCUGCACAGAGGGCGAAAGAGCAGGCCAAGGCCGACGAGGAGUCGCACCGCGUUGCUCGGAAGAUCGUGGCCGCUGUGAGGAUGUGGAAUAACGACUUCCCUCGCUAUAGGAUCGAUACAAGCAGCAGUGCUGGCGGGAAGCCCAGCAGCGGCGCCUCAGCGGCAGUGUUGACGGGAACUUCAUCAGCAAGCUCGGCCGCUUCAAUUGAGCCAUCGGCCCCUGCGAAGAACUCGGGAGGCGAGCAGGACGACUCGGACGACGUGAUCGGUGCCACAGAGGAAGAGGAGGACUCGGCGUCCAGCGCCCCAGCGCCAGAGGAGCCGGCCGCUGCGGCCAAGCCUUCGGCCCCAGCGGGCAGCUCGGGAGGCGAGCAGGACGACUCGGACGACGUGAUCGGUGCCACAGAGGAGGACUCGGCGUCCAGCGACGACUCGGACGACGUGAUCGGUGCCACAGAGGAAGAGGAGGACUCGGCGUCCAGCGCCCUUGCGCCAAAGGAGUCGGCCGCUGCCGCUAAGCCGUCGGCCCCAGCGGGCAAUGCGGGAGGCGAGCAGGACGACUCGGACGACGUGAUCGGUGCCACAGAGGAAGAGGAGGACUCGGCGUCCAGCGCCCCUGCACCGAAGGAGCCUGCCACUGGUAAGUCAACACCUGACGAGGAGGAUGAUGCUCCCUGAUGCGGAGGAUGAUGACGUGUGGGGCCCGUCGGAGGAGACUAGCGGGAGGAUGAUGUGAUGAGCGGUGCGUACGGGCAGAUUGCAGUAGACACGGAGUUCUGGUUGACACCUUCUUUACAGUAUGGCGCUGCACUCUGCACCUUAACAUCUAUAUGGUCUGUGUUCCUUUUACUCUGUGGCUGCUCUCGUGCCCCCCCACAACUGGGCUUCCUUUCGUCUCAUUCGUGUUCCGUGUCGCCCUUCGCGAGUGGCGUCCAGGUCGUGCCAGCUAGAGUUGGGUUCAUCGGACCUGUUCCUGUCAUGAUGCUCUCCCAUAGUGGAUCUAUCGAGCAAGAGUGUGUGGAGUCGUACAGCUGCAGCGCAUCAUGUACUUGGAGCUUAGAUAUCCUCGUGGACACUUCGUUUCAGUGGUGCCAAGACUGCAUAA